AUGAAGAAUAAAAUUAUUGGUCAAUGGCGUUUAGAAGCAGCCGAGCGAGAUUUUCUUCUUGUUAGUUUAUCAGAUACGGAAACAAUCGAUGGAAAAGUUUCAUGUCGUUUUUGUGAUUAUUAUUUGGGUGAAAUUUCAUGGAUAAGAAAACGAAAUAAUAAUUAUUUUGUUCGACAACAACAAUUUAGAGAUCUACCAGAUAUCAAAGAAAUGUGUGCACUUAAAUGUAAACAAUUAAAAUUUUCUUACAGAAGUUAA